AUGGAUGACCAAGCAUGUCCCCGUUGUAAAACUACAAAAUACCGAAAUCCAUCCCUAAAGUUGAUGGUAAAUGUUUGCGGCCACGCGUUAUGUGAAAACUGUGUUGAUUUACUGUUUUUAAAAGGAUCUGGAUCAUGCCCUGAUUGUAAUGUGCCCCUACGUCGAAGUAAUUUUAGAGUUCAGCUUUUUGAAGAUUCAAUGGUGGAAAAGGAAAUAGAUAUAAGGAAGAGAGUUCUUAAAGACUACAAUAAAAAAGAGGAAGAUUUUGCUACGCUGCGAGAGUAUAAUGAUUAUUUAGAAGAAAUAGAAACAAUUGUGUACAAUUUAUGUAAUAAUAUAGAUAUUGUGGGAACUAAUAAAAGAAUAGAACAGUAUAAAAAAGAUAAUAAAGAAAUAAUUAUGAAAAACAAGGCAAAAAUAGGUAGAGAAGAGCUUGAACUAGAAGAGAUCUUAGAAAUAGAGAAGCAAAUGGAGGAUCUUCGUCGAGCUGAAAUAUCCAGAUUAGAACAAGAAGCAAAAAAGCAAAAGAUAAGAGAGAAAGAAGCACUUAUAGAUGAGUUAAUGUUUGCGGAAGGUGAUGCUAAGGAUAUAUUAAAUACAUUUGCUCAAAGUAUUGCUAAAAAGGAAGAAGUUGAUGUAGUUCCAAUAGUGCCUAAGGUAACACAGUUUUCAACUGGCGUGAAAUUUUCACGUGGCUCAGGCAGUCAGCAUAAUGUCCCAGUAAUAGAGGAAGGUCCAUUAUAUAAAUAUGAAGCACCUAUUAUACCAGACAGAUGCGGUCCAGACCCACCGUCUAUACAAAAUAUUAUCAAUGGAGGGUAUCUGCAUCAUGUUAGAGCAGAGAACGAAACAGAGAAAGCCGGUGGUUAUUCUUCAACACUACCCUGUCUACGUGCCUUACAAGAUGCAAUGGCUGGCCUCUAUCAUGCCAGCUGA